AUGUUGCGUCGUAGUUCCCAAGCACUUUUGACUACUGUAACACGUGCCUGUGGCCCACGUGGGACAGCAUCAGUCGUCUCUUUGACUCGUUUACAAUGUGCGAGCUUUUCAACGAUCUACGACCUUCAGACGCCAUACGAGGACAUUAACCGCCACCGUAGCGAUGCCGAGCUGCGGAUCUCCAAGGUGCCUAUUGUGGAGUUGAAUAGCAGCGUCGCAGUGUGUGACGGUGGUGGUGGCGCGUUGGGUCACCCUGUUGAAUACAUUCAAUUGGACACGCACAAGCACAACAACCCGCAGACGUGCAAGUACUGUGGUGUGCGGUACAUGAUGAAAGAGGGAUACCAUGGUGGUCAUUAA